AUGGACCCUAGCUCGGAAAUCAAGCCGUCAAGUGGUCAACUGGAUAAAGUCACAGACCGUCUUAGCCUCUACCGCAACCAACUCCUCCAAUCCCCGAUCCACUCUACAGCACAACCCUUCAACAACUACAACGCAGCAUCGACCCUCACUCAAAAUACCACCGCAAUGUCUCGCGACCCCAUUACCUGCCACGUCCUGAACACCCUGACGGGUACUCCCGCGGCGAACCUCCCAGUGACACUGACCCUCCUAUCUGCACCCUCCAGCAGCCAGAGUCCCAUUUCUUUCCAGGCGACGACCGACGCAGACGGACGAGUCAAAAACUGGGAACCCACCACAACUUCAUCGUCCGCUUCGUCGGUCCCCGCUAUCCUUUCUGCACUCCCAACUGCCGAUAGCAAGACGAAUUGGUCCGUUCGCUUUGACGUUGGCCCAUGGUACGAGGCACAAGGUGUUGAGAGUUUCUGGCCCGAGGUCGAGGUGAAGUUUACGGUCAAGGGACGGGGCCGGGAGGGAGAAGAAGGAUGGCGGCAUUAUCACGUUCCCGUGCUGUUGGGACCCUGGAACUAUUCGACUUAUCGCGGCUCAUGA